ACUGUAGCUAGCAGAACCGCCAUUGCAGAAGCCUUGCCGACUCCGCGCCAAAACCUAUAUAUGUGUAAUAUGCCCCUAACGACACAAUCAUAGCUCCUCCCUGUUUCCUCCCGACCACCGCCAAGCCCUCUGCCACCUACGUCUCUCUCUCGCUCUCUCUCUCUCUCUCGCAAAGUCGCCUGAGAUGGCCACAGUUUCAAGUUAGGAUUCUCCACGCUUGAUGAAUUGUUCUGGCCUCUACUUUCGAGCGAUUUUCGCCCUAAUUAUUCUUCUGAGCCAAUGCAAUCUCAGAGGUGGCCUGCAGAACAAAGCAAAGAUCCCACUACACCUUCUACAAGCAGUGAAACAGAAAAUGCUUCAGCUCUCCUUCGGGCUUCACGAAGAAAGACCAACAUAGAACAUUCUAAAAGCAGUGGAAUUGAAAAUCCUUCAGCUGCCCAUCAGGUUUUACAAAUGAAAACCAAGAAAAAACCUUCUAAAACCAGUGGAAUGGAAAAUCCUUCAGCUCUCCCUAAAGCUUCGCAAAGAAAGACCAUGAAAAGACCUUCUAAAAGCAAUGGAAUGGAAAAGCCUUCAGCUCUUCCUCAGGCUUCACAAAUAAACAUCAAGACAAAACCUUCCUCCGGUCCAUCCAAACCUCCAAAAUGCGUUGCUCCAGAAAUUCAUUAUGUCAGAUGGAAUGGCAUCAACAAAACCGGACAAGCAGUUGGGCACAAAUGCUAUUUAUGUGACUGGGAUGUUGCUUGUGCCCCAGAAGGCCAUGACCAUGAUCAUCAUCAAAACUGCGACCAUGAAUUUGAAAGCAUAUUGCCAGAAGUGUCGGUAUUACCUUGUGGUCAUAUCUUCCACAGCAACUGCCUGCAGGCUGCGACACCCAGGGAACAGUCGAGAGAUCCUCCAUGCUAUUUUUGCAUUAGCUGCAAUUCUUAGUUCUCUUCGUCAAUUUCAUUCUCUCGAGCUUUUUUCCCUUCUAUAUGAUAGAGAAAUGGAGAAGGCAAUUGAGUAAACAGGGUAGGCACUCACAGAGGAACAUUUUUUGAAUAACGUAGGGUACGUACAUACGAUGGUGACAAAAUUAUAUACCUUUUUGAAGUGUAAUAGCUUUUAUGAAAACUAUGAAUUGCAGAAGGCCUAUAGCUAUAAUUUCCAAA